AUGGAGCAAGCCAAUGAGACAGCGAGCAACUCUACCGAAUGUCCAUCCAUUGAUGACUUCCGUAACCAAGUGUACUCCACAUCCUACUCCCUCAUCACCGUGUUAGGCUUGGUUGGCAACGGCUUUGCCCUGGUGGUGCUGAUUAAGACGCACCGCCAGAGCUCUCCGUUUCAUGUUUACAUGUUCAACUUGGCUGUGUCUGACCUGCUGUGUGUCAGCACGCUGCCGCUGCGAGUCCUCUACUAUGUCAACAAGGGCCAGUGGAACCAAGGGGACUUUCUCUGUCGCAUCAGCUCCUACGCCCUCUAUGUAAACCUCUACUGUAGUAUUUAUUUCAUGGCUGUUAUGUCCAUCACACGUUUCUUGGCCAUUGUCUUCCCUGUGCAGAACCUGAAGCUGGUGACAGAGAACCGGGCACGCCUGGUAUGUGUGGGUGUGUGGGUUUUUAUUUGCCUGUCAUCAUCACCCUUCCUGAUGUCUGGUCAGCAUUUUGACCACAUCACUAACAAAACUAAGUGUUUUGAGCCUCCGAGUCAUGGUAAAAGUAUAAGGAAACUAGUCAUACUGAACUAUUUGUCUCUGGUGUUGGGUUUUAUUCUGCCCUUCCUGGUCAUCCUGCUCUGCUACGCCGGCAUCGUCCACACCUUACUGUCCCGCACCAACGCUGCCAGACGCCAGAGGGGCACAGGCGCCAAAGCCAUCCGAAUGAUUGUCAUCGUCCUGCUGACUUUCUUGGUCAGUUUCUUGCCGUACCACGUGCAACGAACCCUCCAUCUGAACUUCUUGUCCCGGACUGACACCUCCUGCUCAGAGCGGAUUGCCGUGCAGAAGUCUGUUGUUGUGACACUCUGUCUGGCUGCUGCCAAUUCAUGCUUUGACCCGCUGCUUUACUUUUUCUCUGGAGAAGGUUUUCGCAGCCGUCUGUCCUCCCUGCAUCAGUCAAUGAGGGCCAGCACCUUGCACCGCGUAGAGAGGCUGAAGCCCGGCACAGCUCCAGAGCCCGGCACAGGGGAGAACCACCAGCUCAAUGCCAGUUAG